AUGAACGAAAUCAUUGCUUUCGUAAAAGCAAAUUGUUCUGAUAAGAACAAGAUAAGGUCGGUGGGAUUUUUUCCGUUGCUGCUGACUGCUACCUUCCUCUGUGUUCCCUCUUCCGGUGACCAGUUCACAUCCGUGUCUCGAGCAGACAGAUUCCUUUCCCUGUUUUCAAUCAUUCGCUUCAAAAACGCCAUGUGCUCAGGGCCCAGCGGUCUCUCCGGCACCUGCUACACCUACAAGUCCUGCGUCAAAAACGGAGGGAGAGCCACAAGCAGCUGCGCCAACGGCUAUGGCACCUGCUGCGUCACUCGGCUAAGCUGUGGAGGCCGGACCACCAACAACUGCACGUACAUCGAAAGUCCAAAUUAUCCGGACUUCUUCAACGAAGCCCGGACCUGCGUCCAGACCAUUUCUCUCAAUUCUGAUGCUUGUCAAGUAAGGUUAGAUGUCACGGAAGUCAAUCUCGUGGGACCUGAUAGCAAAGGGAACUGCAACAACGAUGUCCUUAAAUUCUCUCAGGACAUCAAAUGGACGCAAGUGUGCGGCAUCACACGAAAUACUCAUUUCUAUUUAGAUGUGGAUCCCACGGUCAGCGGAACCCUGGACUUCACCUUCACGACGGACGGGACGAGUUUCAAUCGUCGUUGGAGGAUUAAAGUCUCCCAAAUCUGCUGUACCAAGCUUUCCAUGGCUCCCAUGGGGUGCGGCCAGUACUUCACCUCGACCACAGGCUCCAUCACCGGAUGGAACAGUCAGGGGAACCCCGAUUUCUAUCUCUCCGGCCAGAACUACGCCAUUUGCCUGAGACAAGAACUCAACACGUGUUCGACGACCUACCUGGAGACGACCCCAUCAGGGAAUUCCUUUUACCCGGUCUGCGGUGACACUCUGGAGUGGCCCGGAGUCCACCAAGCAAACACGGUCACGCAAAAAGACGAAACGUGUAAGCCAGGGGGAGCGUUCGCAUUUUUUUCCCCAGUAGAACCAUACACGAUUCAGCAGCAAGGUCCCCAUUACUUCUACUUCGUGACAAAAGACACGUCGAAUGAGCACACCAGAAUUGGCACGUCUGCUGACAACAUCAAUAUUCAGUAUACGCAAAAUUCUUGUUAA